AUGGCAAAAUCUUUAACGUUCGAAAACUCAGCUGGACCUCAAAACGGUCAGGCAGUAGCGGUCUUCGACAAAGCCGACCACACUGCUUACUACAAGUGCAGAUUUUUGGGUUUUCAAGACACGUUGUAUGUCAAUGGAAAGUACCAAUUCUUUAAGGAGUCUAACAUAUAUGGAAGCGUUGAUUUCAUCUUUGGACAUGGGCAAGUAAUGUUUCAAGAUUGCAAUAUAUAUGCUCGGAUGCCGAGCAAUUCUAUCACAGUCACAGCACAAUCCAAAGAUUUUUUACGGUCUAUCAGCGGUUUUUCAUUUCAAAACUAUACGGUCACAGUUUUACCUGAAAUAUCUUCAAAUAAACAAAACGUUAAAGUCUUUUUGGGUCGUCUAUGGAGACAGUAUUCAAACGUUGUGUUUAUGGAAUCAUUUCUCGAUGAUGUGGUAGCGUCGGAAGGGUGGAUGGAGUGGAAAGGGGUACCCAUUAACAACUUGUUCUAUGGAGAGUUCAACAACUACGGUCCUGGGGCUGACGUUUCCAAAAGAGUUAAUUGGACUGGUUAUCAUAUAUUAAAUAAGGAAUCAGCCUUUCGUUUUACGGUAGAUAACUUUAUUAAUAGAUCUAAAUGGUUGCAUGAAACUGGGAUUCCGUUUAGACAUGGACUCCUUACCUAA